AGUCGGACAGUGCUGCUAGCCUACUUUGGGAGAAUGAGGUAAAAAAAAAAAAUGCACCUGCCGUGAAGACAACGGAGAAACCAGAGCACAUGGGCAUCUCUUCCCCGGACCUCAAAUUAUUGCACAGUCGCUUUUGAGUAACCCACCUUUGUUACGCCGCCAUGGAGCAGUUUUUUAUCUGCAUCUCGUAAUAUUUACUCGUCGCUGGGCUUUAAACCCACCCGAGUACGAGGAUGACAGCUGAUCGCCCCUCCUCUCCCCGGACUUCAAUAAAAACGCGCUCCAGCUGAACGCGCUGCCAUCGAUUGGAAGCCAGGCUCUCUGUGUGCGCUGUGUUUAACAAUAGAUGGAGCGCGGAGGGUUGUGACAUUUGGCCGAUUGCCACCCUGACCUUUCCCCCUUCCUAGUCCAGUUACCUCGAGGUUUCUCUGGCAGUAGCCCGCGUUUCACUGACGGCCACUUCACUUCAUUUGUGCUCGGCGGUAAAAAGAUUAAAUGACCCACCUGCAGAAAUGCUAAGUGCGACCACAUCUCCUCUCGGAAACUACACUUCUCCUAUUACUCUUUGAUACUUUGCGCUAAAGCCGUGGUCGUGGAUGAUCCUCGAGUAGCCGAUAAAACCGUCGUGGUGUCAGCAUGGGCUUGAGCUUUAGGGGAUUUGCGUAGAUUAUCGUCGGACUGCUAUUUUAUUCCCACGGUCGCAGAACUCAGCGGCUUUUGAUCCGCAGUCCCUUUUUCCUCCGCUUCCCCUCGGACGCCUGUAAAACUCCAGCAGGGAAGCCUGAACCCGCGGUUUUCGUGUAGGGGAGGGGAGACAACGGACUGCAUUCAUAAACGAUGACUGCCACGGAGGUGUUUGCUACCAGAUCUGAGGAUACAACGAGUUUGGCGCUGCUGGCACCCCGUGGAUGUGGGAGGACGAGACGCGCAUUGGGGCUGUAGUUAACACUCGCAGGGAUGCCGUCGCUGUAACUGGGAGAGGUAGUCCUUCAGCAGAGGCGCGAACAGCCCAGAAACACAACACAGCAGCGCCCGAACAGUCAGCAGCCUUCUGGACUCGUUUUAACCAUCUACCGGGCGCCUACCGGAGGAUGUUUCAGCGAGGAUGCUGCGCUUCCCCGUGAAGAAGAUCCGGAAGCAGUUCAAGCUCCUGCUGCUGCUGGUACUGCUCACCUCGGCGGUUUGGUUCACUUACCUGCACAUCAACCAGGGCAAGACUAUCAAACUACACUUCAACUACGGAAAAGAUGGAGAGAGACAGACGGAGGGGACCGACGCCAGCCGAAAGAGGGACACUCGCUCCUCAGCCGGACACCACAAGAGCGAGGACACCAGCGACAGCAGGGAGGACGAUGCGGGAGAUGACGAGCCAAUGACAGCAGGGGCUGACGGCAGAGAUCACGCCCGUAUUCGGAAGUUCCUCAGCCAGCACACCAAGAAAUUACCCUGGAAACCAGAGUAUAAGGGCCAGGCUAACCUUCACGUGUUUGAGGACUGGUGCGGCUCCUCUGUAGCCCAGCUGAGAAAGAACUUGCACUUCCCUCUCUAUCCUCAUGCCAGGACAACAGUGAAGAAACUGGCAGUGGCUCCAAAGUGGAAGAACUAUGGCUUGAGAAUAUUUGGCUACCUUCACCCUUACAGAGAUGGUGAUUUCCAGUUCUCAGUAUCAUCAGACGAUAACUCUGAGUUCUGGCUGAGCCCUGAUGAGACUCCUCUUAAUGCCAGACUGCUGGUCUAUGUAGGACAGCUGGGGACAGAGUGGACCGCUCCAGGCGAGUUUAGCAAGUUCAGGUCCCAGUCUUCGAAGUCUGUGCAUCUGAUCUCAUCCAGACGAUACUACUUUGAGAUUCUCCACAAGCAGGAUGACAAGGGCUCGGAUCACGUAGAGGUUGGGUGGCGUCCGUUCCUGCCUGGUCUGAAAUAUGAAGUGAUAGACUCGGCCUACAUCUCCCUCUACACAGAUGAGUCCAAUCUGAAGAUGAACAGUGUGGACCACAUCCCUCAGACCUUGGCCAGUCACAUCCGUCUCCCAGAGGAGACACAGCCUCAGGGUCUGGAGGGAGGCCGUACCAUCCUGCAUGGAGCUGAUAUGCUGAAGCCGGAUCCCAGGGACACCUUCUAUAGCACCCCUAUGAUCGAUCCCUCUCGACUGGAAAACGUUCUUCCGGCCUGUCUUUACUCUCCAACCUAUGUAGUCAAAGAUUUCCCCAUUGCCAGAUACCAGGGCCUGCAGUUCGUCUAUCUGUCUUUCGUCUACCCUAAUGACUUCACGCGCCUCACCCACAUGGAGCGAGAAAACAAGUGUUUCUACAGAGAGUCCCCUAUCUACUUGGAGAAGUUUGGUUUCUACAAAUAUAUGAAGAUGGAUGAGGAAGAAGAUGACAGGCCGUUCUUCUUCCCGAACCCAGAUGAUUUCCUAGAGGAGGAGGAGGUGGUAGAUACAGAGGAUGAGGCAGAGAUUGUUGGCACACAGUCACCCAAGAAGCCCUCUUAUCCAAGCCAGACCAGCCAUACUUCAAAUCCCUCCUAUCGGCAAUCAAAGUCUGAGCCCACACCAGCUGGCCGAGACAAGGAGAAAGAGAAGGAGGAUCCUAAUGAUGAAGAAGAUGAGGGCCCAGUCAACAGUAUCAUACAGCACAGAGAAAGGAGGCGUUUUCCUCGCAGAGACAGACAGAUGGAUAGGGAUUUGGACAGAGACUGGGGGAGAGAUCAUACAAGGGAGAAUAUGAGAAAAGACACGGGGAAGAGACUUGAAAACAUCGAAGCAAGGGUUCUUCAGCCUGAUAUCGAAAGCGUGGUUAGGGGUCGCUCUCUGUCCUGGGUCCACACUGAUUCUGCAGAACUAGACCCUGCCAGGAAAGGCGGAGGAACAGGUGGCGGAGAAGACAGGGGAGUUGACACACGGACUAAACUCAGCAAGUCUUCUCUUCUCUUUCCCCAAAAGUCGUCCCUCUCUGCCCUUGCUAGCCGAGCCAGGCAGAUCCUCAGCAACUCUGCACAUGGCAACAACCUCCACGAUAGGCUUCCCGGGAGCAAAAAAGAGAAGAGGGAGGAGAACAAGAUCUACAUCACCAGGCCCAAGCCUGCAAGGGAGAGAGAGAAGGAGAGGGAGCAGCGGCGAGAGAGGAGGGACGAGAGGGCAUCUCGCCACCCUAGAGAGGUUUUCCCAGGAGUCUUUUUGUAUCAGACUGGAAAGACCACCAGGCUGGUAAACCUGGGUGCCAGGAGACGUGGUGGGGGAGGCGUAACAGGAAGUAGGAGUCUGAUUAGUGCGCCUCAGCUCUGGCCUAACCCCCCUAUAAAAGAAGGUAAGGCUUCACCUCACAAUGGAAGCACCAACACACACAAUGAAAGUGUGGUAAAGUCUUCUAACAAGGCAACAGGGGCAAGACAGCCAGAGAAAAGCAAAAGCAAAGGAGAGCACCGGGAUUUAAAGACUACUAUCAUGGCUGACCCACCCAGUAAAGAACACCACCUAAUCGAACCGUCCUCUCACCGCGGUCCCCCUCAUCCCUCUGUUACGCCACCAAGAUUAAACUUUACAGACAACACAAUCCAAGGUCAAUCACGGGUUACUUCUUACCUGCGAACCUCAGAGAUUACAGAGUCCCAGCAGCAGCCAGACCCCAACCCUCCAGAUAUCGACCAAGAAACAAACCACUCUAAUCCUGAUCCCGACCCCGAGCCAGAGCCAGAGGAGGGUGAAAUGUCAGAUUACAGCUACGAGGAGGUGGAGGCUCGGCCAGGUUGGGCAGAGGAGAGCAUUAACUGGCAGAGGACUUUCUCAGUCAAUCCGAUGGACUUUGAGCUUCUGCGCUCUGACUGGAAUGACUUGCGCUGUAAUGUGUCUGGGAACCUGCAGCUAGCAGAGAGCGAGGUGGUGGACGUGCUGGCACAGUACAUGGAGAAACUCAAUGAGCGCAAUGGGGGGAUCUACACCCUGUUGCGAAUUAUCAACGUUGAAAAGCGGCGUGACUCGGCAAGAGGGAACCGGUACCUCGUGGAGCUGGAGCUUAUGGAGAGAGGACGUAGCGUGGUACGCCUUUCAGAAUACAUUUACCUGCUGCUACACCGCAGCAAGCAGGGGGAGGAAAGUUUAGAGAACACAGACUCUGCCCCUGCCUCAGCACCGGCUUCGGCCCUCUCCACUGCCACUCCCAGCCUCACCACCCCACCGCCUCCUCCUCCUCCCACCAAGUCGUCUGGCCGAGCAGCAGCAACACCCUGGAGCACUGCAUAUGCUAAGCCCCUGCUAUGCCAGCCAGUCAUGCUCCAAUGGAGGAAAGAUGUCAUGGUACACUUUGUGGUCCCAGUAAAAAACCAGGCUCGCUGGGUGCAGCAGUUCAUCUCUGACAUGGAAAAUCUUCACCGGCAGACAAAAGAUGACAAUUUCAGCAUCAUCAUUGUGGAUUUUGAGAGCGAAGAUAUGGACGUGGAGCAGGCACUUCGAGAGAGCAGUGUGCCAAGAUAUGAGUAUCUUAGGAGAGAAGGCAACUUUGAGCGCUCGGCAGGACUGCAGAUGGGAGUGGACACUAUUGAGGACAGCCACAGCAUCGUAUUCCUGUGUGACCUGCACAUCCAUUUCCCUCUCAACAUCUUGGAAAGCAUCAGGAAGCACUGCGUGGAGGGACGCCUUGCUUUUGCUCCCAUUGUCAUGAGACUCAGCUGUGGUAGUUCACCACAGGAGCCUGAUGGUUACUGGGAGGUAAACGGCUUUGGUCUGUUUGGAAUUUAUAAAUCAGAUUUUGAUAAAAUUGGAGGGAUGAACACAGAAGAGUUCAAAGACCGCUGGGGUGGAGAGGAUUGGGAACUGUUGGACAGGGUCCUGCAGAACGGUUUGGAAGUAGAAAGACUACGCUUGAGGAACUUCUUUCACUACUACCACUCCAAGAGAGGCAUGUGGAAUGCCCAAAACAAAAAAACUCCCAAGGGAUAGCGCAGCCUGUUGGUCAGAGGAUCCUAAACCUACCUGCAGACCCACUGUGUGUGUGAGAGAGAGACCUGUCGGAGCUCGCUCACUGCCUGAAUUCUGCCUUUUCGAAACAGGCUCCUUUCAGGGACUCCUCGGACCCUGUUGUGUAUUUGUCUGUACGAGGAAACUGAUUCCAAAUUUGAAAUUUGGAGGCGUGCUUUUUACGCAGACGGACCUGAGUCAUCACUUUGCCUCACUGACUGAACUACUGUACAGAGAGAAGAGUUAUUUUUAUUCUCCUUUUCUCUGUCCUUUUUGGUGCAAUGUUUUCAGACAGACUGGAAAGCAGAGAGCGUGUGUGUUUGUAUGUGUGGGUAUGUAUAUAUAGGUGUGUGGGUGUGUUGCCAUGACGGAAAGCACCCUUUUUUUUUCUAACACGGAGAUGUGGAGACAACCUAAGAUCUUUUUGCUAACAUGCUCUCACGCGGGAGCCUAAUAGAAUGUGUGUCAACGUGUUCAUCAGGCGAUUCAGACGCAGGGUUGUAGCUCAAGUAGAGGAACACUUUGUUUGAUAAAGCAGUACAUCAACUUCUACCUGUUAAAUAUCAUUGACUAGAAUGACUGAGGUGCUGAACUCCUCUUUGUAUCUGAUAUUAUAAACCACAGAAAGUUUUCCGUUCAGAAAAAGCCCUUUCUCAAACAGAUACAUCCCUUUCUGCCCCUCUUUCUCCUUCUGUAUCACCUUUAUUUUAUUCCUUUCUUUAUCCUUUUUCUUGUCAUGCUAACUUGUGUGUUUGUAUCUGUUUGUAAUAUUAUUUUAUAAUGUCAAUUUUAAAAUAGAGCAUUUAUAAUAAUGCAAGCUAUUGGUUAUGACUUGAUUUGUUUUAAUGAGGGGGUUUUUCUUAUUUUUUUUAACAAGGGACUUUUAUUUAUCUGGACUAAGCAUGUGCUUACAUUUGGCAUGCUAUUCCUGUUCAAUAACACUGAAUUUGUGAGCAUUUCAGAUCUACUGACAGAUUUUUUUGUUUGCAAACUUCAUUUCUCGUAUUAAAAUCCCACAGAGACGGGGAAUGCUUGGCUGUCGGAAAUACAGAUACUCUUCUGUUUGAGCUUGUUUUAAGCGCUAACAGAAGGGAGACCAGUUCAUGUGUGGGACACGGUGGUGCAAGGCAUGGCUGUUUCACAAAUGUGUGCCUUUAUCAGGGUUUGGCUGCAGGCAGUUUUUAAGCUACUUUAAUGACUGACGAGGGCCGGGACAAGCAGAAAUACAACGGUAUUUAUCAGCAGGCUGUAAAGUCAGUGUAAAUUCAGAUAUACUGUAAAAAGAGGAAAAUAAUAUUCUCUUUAAAGGAUCAUAGAAGUGUCACUGUUUAUUGUAUUAUCUCAAAAGAAAGGACAGGUUUGAUUGAGGUUUUAGUGAUACGAAGUGUUCACUGGUGAGAUAGAAGGAGAAUCGUUAAGAAUGACUACUGAGUGGGAACAGAGGGUGUGAUAAAGAGUCACUGGCAGCUGCAGUCCAGUAGGACCCCACCUGCUCCCAUUAUUUUGGCUGGAGGCCGGGCUCCUAAUGCCUUCUGUUUAUGCAACAUGGCACUUAUAUUGAGGAAGAGUGGCUGGAGGGCUCUUGGCUGGACAUGUAUAUGGAUGAACACUAACGAUCUGUUAUUGACUAUAUGAUUGUCAAAAUGCCCUCUAGACCUUUUUUGCCUCUACAGAAAAAAAGGUCUACACUGUACAUCAUUUUGCAUUCACAUGGGACUAUUUAAAAUAAAGGAAACACAUUAA